CAAACAUGUCUCUAAAUCCUCCCAUCUAAAUAUCCCUCUUUCCAAUUGCCAUGCCGCCAAUCUUUUCAUUCCCUUCAAUGUCUAAACACGACCCAACAGAAACCCCCCAAAAAUUCAAUCCUUGAUUAACUCUGUCUCCUCCUCCUUUUUCAGUUCUCAUAUAUUUCUUGCGAUUUUUUGUUUCUCUUCGUGUCUUCCCUUGUGAUUCUAUUAUACAAUAAUUGAUAACUUGUUUUUGGUUUGAUUUUGUUGUUUUUUUUUUUGGUCUAUUUUGUAUCUAUUUUUCUUUUCUGGUUCCUGAUCUCCAAUUUAUUUUUGUAUCACCAUUCGAUAAUUCCGACUCGAGUCCAAACAGUUACCGGGUUUCGGAGGUCGAUUUUUGUGAAGGAUGCUGUUGAGAUGAUGAUGAAUCAAGGAGGAAAUACACAGACGGUAGCUACGGUGGACCCGAAAUCCAUCGAGAAUCGAUAUGUUGUCGACGCAAACCAAGUCCAGACAUCUUCAUAUCUUCCCUUGGCAACUGGGUCUGAUGUUGCUUCAUGGACCAUGAAUAGGGUAGAUAGUCGCCCGAUAGAAAAUGGAAAUGUUUCAAACUCAAGUUAUCACCAUGAACACUAUACUGAACCGACCACGAGAGCUCCUCAAGAUGGAGUUAAUGCAACAUCCUUUGCUAGCACGCCAUCUUUAGGAACAGCAAAUGUGGCACAAGAUUACAGUGGCUAUGCAUCAUAUCCAAGUUCUACUGAUCCGUAUGGCUACGGAAGCACAGGAUACCCAGGUUACUAUAAUGGCUAUCAGCAGCAGCAACCUAACCAUUCAUAUCCUCAGCCCGUAGGAGCAUAUCAAAAUACAGGUGCUCCUUAUCAGCCUCUUUCCUCAUUUCAGAAUGCAGGGUCUUAUGCUGGGCCUGCAAGUUAUUCAAGCACUUACUACAAUCCUGGUGAUUAUCAGACUGCUGGAGGUUACCCGAGUAGCGGUUACAGUAAUCAAACUAGUUCGUGGAAUGAAGGAAAUUAUGCAAAUUAUACCGGACAUCCAUAUUCAAAUUACCCAACAGACACAACUGCUGCUUACAGUUCUAGUACUGUGACAGCUCCAUCACUGCAUUAUCAACAAAGCUACAAGCAAUGGGCGGAUUAUUAUAGUCAAACAGAAGUUAGUUGUGCCCCCGGGACAGAAAACUUUUCUGUUGCCAGUACUUCUAAUCAGGUUUGUCCUGUAGCUGGUGCUACUGGUGGCAUUUCAUCUUCAAACAGUCAAAAUGUCCCAUCUUUCAUUCAUUCAUGGAGGCCGGAUUCAACUUCAUCCCAAAUGCCUUCGUCGCAGCCGGGUGCAACUGUUAGCAGUGCUCAUGAUAACUACUGGAAACAUAGUGCUCCAAGUUAUCAAAAUCACCAUCCUAGUCCUAUACAACCACAUUACCAAAAGCCUUUGGAUCAGAAAACUUCUUAUGAUAACUUUCAGGAACAGCAGCAAGCUGCAUUGCCUCAAGGACCAAAUUCUCAUAGUUCUGUAGUACAUCAGGUAUCCCAGAAUUAUCAACAGCCUGUUCAAACAGUUUCAUCAUUAGAUACACGAAGAGCAAGCAAACUGCAGAUUCCAACAAAUCCUAGAAUUGCUUCGCAUUUGCCUGUGGGUUUGCCAAAAUCCGAAAAGGAUAGCACUCCACCUGUUGCAACAGCGAAACCUGCAUAUAUCAGUGUUUCGUUGCCAAAACCUACUGACCAUACAGCAGAUUCCAUCCUUAAGCCCGGUAUGUUCCCUAAAUCACUGAGAGGGUAUGUUGAGAGAGCCUUGGCUCGAUGUAAAGAUGACAGACAAAAAGCAGGAUGUCAGGCUGCCUUGAAGGAGAUAAUUACCAAGGCAACUGCAGACAAUACAUUACACACCCGAGACUGGGAUAUUGAGCCUCUCUUUCCAUUACUUAAUGUUGAGUCAGUCCAUGAUGAUAUGCAGAGUUCAACCCCUGUUUCUGCAUUAUCGAAGUUCAAGAAAAGUCCUAGUAGACGAUCCAAGAGUAGGUGGGAACCUCUACCAGAGGAAAAAUCUAUUGAUAAAUUGCCUCCAGUUGGUAGCAAUACAGCAAAGUUUAGCGGCUGGCUUCAUCUCAAUGAAAAGGACAGAAAGCCUCUAGCAAAUUCAGAGGGAAAGAUGAACAGUUUGAGUACUUUGCAAUCUCCUUUAUCAGAGCAGAAACCUGCAAAUAAGAAUGUUCAGCGGCCAGUUAAGAGACAGCGUGUGACUAAUGGUCUAAAUGCUACUGAUAAUGCUGAUGCAUCAAGUGAUAGUGAUAAGGAGCAAAGUUUAACAGCAUAUUAUUCUGGUGCAAUGGCACUUGCUAAUUCACCAGAGGAAAAAAAGAGACGAGAAAAUCGCUCAAAACGUUUUGAAAAAGGUCAGGGGCAUCGAGCAGAAAGUAAUGUCUUCAAAACAAAGAAUGCUAGGGCUGGAAACGUGUAUGUGAGAAGGGCAAGUGCCUUGGUGCUUAGCAAAAACUUUGACAAUUGUGGCAGUCAGGCUGUUGAGGACAUUGAUUGGGAUGCAUUAACUGUUAAGGGAACCUGUCAGGAACUUGAGAAACGUUAUCUGCGUCUUACUUCUGCUCCUGAUCCUUCCUCCGUAAGGCGUGAGGAAGUUCUGGAAAAAGCUCUGCUUAUGGUCCAAAAUUCUCAGAAGAAUUAUCUUUACAAAUGUGAUCAGCUGAAGUCUAUUCGCCAAGAUCUAACAGUACAACGAAUACAUAACCAGCUAACAGUUAAGGUUUAUGAAACUCAUGCUCGAUUGGCCCUUGAAGCUGGGGACUUGCCGGAGUAUAAUCAGUGCCAGUCACAGUUGAAAAGCCUUUAUGCUGAAGGUAUUGAGGGAUGCCGCAGGGAGUUCUCUGCUUACAACUUACUUUGUGUCAUUUUGCACUCUAAUAAUAAUAGAGAUCUCUCUUCAUCAAUGGCAGGGUUAUCUAAAGAAGCAAAAAAGAAUGAAGUCAUUAAACAUGCACUUGCAGUUCGUAGUGCUGUCACUUCAGGAAAUUAUGUGAUGUUCUUCAGACUAUACAAGACAGCUCCAAACUUGAGUAGUUGCCUUAUGGAUCUUUAUGUUGAAAAGAUGCGUUAUAAGGCUUUAAAUUGCAUGUCUAGGUCUUAUCGUCCUACGCUAUCGGUUUCAUAUAUUGCACAAGUUCUGGGCUUCACAGAGGGCACACCUUCAAAGGAAGGAAAGGAUGAGAAGGACUUGGAUGGAUUUGAGGAGUGUGUGGAAUGGUUAAAGGCACAUGGUGCAUGCCUUAUUGCAGAUAACAAUGGAGAUAUGCAGCUUGAUGCAAAGACUUCUUCUUCUAGUCUCUGCAUGCCAGAGCCCGAAGAUGCUGUAGCCCAUGGAGAUGCCAAUCUUGCGGUUAAUGAUUUUUUUACAAGAACAUCAUCAUAGCCAUUUUGUCUGUUGUACUUUAGCUACUGUAUCUGAAACUGAAAGCAUUAGAAAGAAGAAAAUGGAAACUUGUUCCAUUUCCAUAGAUCUGAUGUACAACAAUGAAGAGAAACAUAUUUUCUGGACUGACCGAGAAUUUGGAGGAAGAUUGAAUCUGCUGGCGUGGGUUGUGUAUCGCCUUAGGGAGGGUAGCUUGCAGGUGUACAAAAAUUAAACCAGGAAACAAACGCUGUUCGUGGGAUGGUGUAGAGGAGCCCCAAGCUAAAAGCAUUGCUAUGUUUAGAUUUAUAGUUUACUUUUUUUAGAGAAUCUUGAACACCAUUGAUUCUUUUUGGUGAAGACGGAACAUAAAUGUACUUGAUCAGGAAAAGGAAAUAAGCAAAAUUAACUUUAGAUGCUUGA